AUGAAAGCAGUGCCUGAGAUCUCUGCCCUCGUCGAGGCCCUCGUCACUCGUUUCGCAGGGACCAAGGACCGCGGAAGCUUGGCCCGCGCAUUGUCGAACUCGGCGAAAUUGCGUUCAGCCUUCUCUGCGGAAAUCAUGAAGGAUUUGAACGUGAUCCAGGAGUUGUGCGGGGCCUCGACUUCGUCCGCGGCCGCGUCCUCGUCUUGGUCCUUCGCCGCGCAGAGAUGGGACAGCAUGUUGCAGGUUCUGUGCCUGUGCAGCAUGCGGAUUUCUGAGAUCCUUGACUUUCUCUGCAAAACUGCUCGCAGCAAGCUCGACAAGGAGAAUGCUGCCUGGGCGAAGCGCAUGCUGGACUUCUUCACCUUGGAGAACAUCGUGCACAUGGCCCUCGUCACCGAGUUCCUGGAGGCCUGCAAGCCAUAUGUCCACAAGAUGGACAACAAGGGCGGGAGCGUGAAGUCCGGCUCAGCUUCGCGGCAGUGCUCCCGGCCCUCGAGGAUCAGCCAGCAUGGUAUGGCUGCAGCCAGUCUUCGAGACAAGUUGGCACAGCUGUUCUCGUUUCAGUACAAGGGUCAGCCACACCGUCCUCUCGUCCUCGAUGCCCGCUUCACAGCUGGGUACUUGCAGAUUGUGACAGCCGCCCUCGGCCUAG